AUGGGGUCGUCUCAGGCGAAGCAGAACAGGGACAUAUGGACAAGGACCAUCAAGGCAGAGGGCUGUACGAUACCCUCGCGCUCUAUUCUCGGAAUAGCACUUGCUGGCAAGACAGGCAGCGAAAAGCAGGACGAACAAGCUCGAGUGAGGGGCGAUGUGUGCGAUUACGCUUCAUCGGAGCCGUCGUUGGUUCCUUGGGACAGGGAUAGUUGCGAUCUAGUAGUGCGACGUGACGUGGUCGCGCGAAAAGGCGGUAUCUGGCAGUACAGCGGUAUUGCAGUUGAAAACCGAGGCAUGGGAGCGAGUCAAGUUCACGAGUCCAACCUUGAGAAAAUACUGGGCAUAAAAAGUAUGUUGAUUGCGGUAGCAGCAGAGAAGACAGCUCAGGCCAACAGAAGCGGGCGGUCCCUCGAGACGCUGAAGUUUUGGGUGCCCCAAGGAGAGAUGUACCGUCAGCAUCGUGCGACAGCUUGGGAAAGAAUGGUGAUGCAUAUGGCAUACCGACCUCCAAGACAUCAGGGCUGUCUAAAGCAGUGGGAGUGGGAGCGUGUCGCUGUAGCAGCGGGAUUCGGUGACAAUUAUUUCAUCGUAACCAGAUUUGAUGGUGUUGAGUAUUGUUAA